AUGUACUUCUUGUCGGUUGAGAUUCAGAUGCUUCUUGUUGAACAAUGUGCUUUGUUUAAUGCAAAAAUGCAGGAGUUUGAGGUUGGAAUGGAUAGAAAAAGGCAGUCUCUUAACGACGAGAAGAGAAGCUGGCUGAAUUUCUUGAAAUGGAAAGAAGACGCAGUCACCUGUAGAGAGGAAGAACUGGGUAAGCUUGAACUACAUUUGAAAAACAAGUCUGAAAGAAUUAAAGGGAAAGAAAAACACCUGGACGCGAAUUUAAGGACUUUGGAAGAGAAAGGGAACCUACUGAAGUCAGAUGAGAGAAGGCUGGAUUUGGAAAAGAAACAAAUGCUUGUUGAUAAGGAUUCUCUUCAAACCUUUAAAGAUGAGAUUGAGAAGAUGAGGACUGACAUUAGCCAACGGGAGAGUAAGAUUCAAGAAAAAACAAAGAAUCUCAAGAUUUCUGAAGAAGAAAGGGCAGAAUAUCUUCGUAUGCAGGCGCAACUGAAAGAAGAGAUUAAGUUUUUUGAGAAACUCAAACAGUCUGAGGAGGAUCAAUUAAAGAAUGAUAGGCUUGCAAUGGAAGAUCAUGUUAAAAGGGAGUUGGAAACUCUUGAAAUAGAAAAAGAAACGUUUGCCACUAAAAUGAGGCAAGAGCAGUCCCUUAUAUCUGAAAAGGCUCAACUUGGACGUAGGCAAAUGCUUAAUGAGUUUGAGCAACGCAGAAAGGAUCUUGAGGUCGACCUACAAAAGAAACGAGAGGAACUGGAGGCACAUAUGAAUGAAAGGGAGAGGGCAUUCAUGGAGGAGAGGGAGAGAGAAUAUAACAAUAUCAAUUACUUGAAGGAAGCUGCCCAAAAGGAUGUGGAAGAAUCGAGGUUCAAAAGGUGUAGAAUAGAGAAGGAUAUACCCCUGAACAAGAAGCAGCUGGAAGAGAACCAACUUGAAAAGCACAAGGGCAUCAAUGAGCUUCAAGUUCCCAACAAGAAGGUUAAGGUUGAGGUGGGAGAACAAUUUAUCAAGGAUAGAGAACCAUUUCUAUUUGCUUCAUCACAGGAUAUAGCUUCUGAGAAAGAUGAUCCAACACGACCUGUAGAGGUUACAACAUGUACAAGUCCUGGAAUACAAGAUCUCUCAGCAGAGGGGGAUGUUAAGCUCAAAACAUCCGAAACUCAUGAUAAGAGUAUCGAGCCAGUGCUAACAGAAAAAAUAGAGUGCAAUGAAGAGGUAAAUAGUAUGAUACCUGAACGCAGCACUGAAAAUGGAGGUGAUGAAUAUGAAGUAAUAAGCGAGGACGAGGAUAUGGAUGAGGAAUCAGAGGGUAGAGUUCCCAUACACAAGAAGAUCUGGAACUUCUUCGUUACUUGAUUGCAGAAUCUUGCAAGUUGUCCUUCGGGUAUCAUCCAACUGGAGAGUAUUUAAUCAUAUGACUAUCAUAAAAAUGUUGAUUGCUCGUAGUACUAAAGUUUAGUUUACAGAAUUAUUCAUAUUCUUCUCAGUAAUUUUGACAGAGGUUGA